UUAGCAUCGCCUUCUGCAUAGAAAAGAGUCUCAUAGUUUUGUUGUUUGAGAAACAUCAACGCUUCACAGUUCAAUUUCUGCUCUCGCGCAUCACUUCAGAGUUGGUUUUCCAAAGUAUUUGAAAAUCAUGGUCAAAUGCUAUCGUCGAUCAUGGUGUCUGGUGAGUAUGGGUUUUUAUGGGUUGUUCACACAAGAACAAGGAAGUCUAGUAGCAGCAUCCACGCGGGGUGUUGGUAGUCGACGAAAACGGCGUGGUGUGCAUGAGCCUGCUGCACUAUUAUCUCGUGUUUACAGUCUGGGCGAUGUCGCAGGUGUGGACGGCACACGGGACCCGGACCUUGCUGGAGAUCGAGCGGAUGAUGAUUCCAGCGAUGCCGUCACGUCAGACUCAGAUGAUGACGGGGGAGUGCGUUCCGGAAAGGUGGCUUCCGUAGCUCGUACUUUCUCUGCGCCGCCGCCGUCCACGCAGGAUGAACAUCAAGAAGUAGCUGCGGAGAUUGUUCCGAGACGAGGAAAGGCAAACAACUUCGUGCGGUCUGUUUCCUGCAACGCCUUUGAUUCUGUUCCAGAUCGCAAGGCGUUGGCCGGCGGCGGUAGCGGUACUCCAGUGUGGCUGCUGAGCGAUCCAAACAAAUUACUGCAUAAUAGUACAAGGCCGUUGAAGAAGAGUCAGAGUUUCACGCUGGGGGAAGGAGGGAAGCCUCUCGUUUGCAAGCAACUGGACGUAGAUCCCAAAAACGAAGAUUCGGAGGAAAUGAAAAACUAUUUGAAAGCCGCGGCGCUUAACCUCAAUGGGACCGCCACGCUCGACGCCUUUGACACCUGCCACGAGACCUUGAAGAAGCUGAGUGGGGACAGUAAUGCAGCCGAGCCUGUAGAGGCUCUGAAGGCGAAGAUGGGUGUGCCACUGAAGGGCGUUUUGGUUGACUGCACGACGGGCGAAGAUGCUGGUUCGUCGACUGUGGAAGCGAACAAAGGCAUAGCAGAACUGGGUAAAAAGCCCAACAGCGGGAGCAGGGACUUUUUGAAAACUAACAGCGCGAAACAAUUUGGCGGGUCGGCGUCGGCCGCCCAGCAGCAGGAGGGGGGAUCACGUAGGCACAGCGCUGCACGACCAGCGCUAUGCAAUUGCCUGCAGCAGAUCCAACAGCCUUGGAACUGCCUUCUGCCAGGUGGGAGAACAAACAGAGUUCGAAAAGUAGCUUCGCGAAGAGCCGGCACUGCUGUUCCUGUCUACAACACACGUCCGGGGGAUCCGCGUCCGCCGGCGCUAUUGUCGCCGCGCAGUCAGGUAAGCGAGUGGAGUUGCUCACCUCCCCCAUCGCCGUCCCGGCAGGAAAGUGGAUAUCAAUCGUCGUUCGAUGGUGUUGAUGAACAACAAGAAGUUGAGUUCAGUGACAACCUGAGUGUGACUGGCCUGCAGCGAACAGUUAAGGAAGGGGAGAGGAAAGGUAGACAGGUGCGCGUCUUCGCACUGCUCGAGUACCUCCAGGGUGGCUCCGUAGCCUCGGCACUAGCGAAAAACGCGCUGGCAUUACAACAAGCGACAACCAACGAGGCACUUGAAGCCAACUUGCGGGCCCGACAAGACCAAGUGCUCGACCUGGUCGCGGAUAAUCUAGUGGAAACGCUUCUGGUGCGGCAGCGCGCAGCGGUCCGAUUUGGGACCACGGCAGAACAAAGAAGUGCAUACCUGAACAGCGACUUCGUCGUGGGGAAGGUUCGUGACCGCUUCCGCGGCCUCUCUAGUGCCGGAGAACUAGUAUCGGUGAGCGCGCAACCUGCGAAAAUCGGCUCCGUUUUAUCUCCGCAGAGCAGGGCCGCAAAUCCAAAGCCGUCCCCGUGGUCCGCUCUCUUUGACACAAUCUUGUCGCAGUUGGAGAAAGACGCGGCACGGGGAAAAAAUCAGAAGGACUCUUUGUCUUUUCACCGACCGAGUACCCGCGAGGAGCACAUUAAGGCCGAAGCGGUGACCAUUCUAGGUCCAAUUCGACGCGACAUCGAGAAGGCGCGCAAGUUGAUGGAGUGGAUCGUGAACACGUUCGGGGAAGUGCUGCUCUACCCUGAAUUUGUCGCUCCCGCGGCGCACAGCGACGCGAAUCUCGGGAACCUGUUGCUCGAUGGCGUGGUCGACGGCCGGUCAGGAAACAAACGGCGCAUCUGGUGGAAUGACAACAGCGCGACUGGGGAGAAGCGCGUGCCGCUUGAAUUCGAGCUGGCAAAAGCCGAGUUCGGCUGUCUGCACACCAUUCUGCUUCUGUACGCGGGCACGAGCAGUGGUUCCGCCGCAUCGGGGGAGCAAAAGGAACAGUUGUUUGAGUACAUCAAGACGAAAUCGGGGGGGCCCCCGCAGAUGGACCUGGGCGGAAAUGAUGAUAUUCGUGCAGCAAUAAACUCUCGCUUCGCGGCGCCUUCGCCUCUCCUACCGGCGAGGUGGUCACCUCCCACAGCCCUUCCACUGCGGGGACGUCGUGCUUUCAACCCCCAGUCGCCCCCCACACCGGAGCUCUCCAGUCCCUAUUCGCGCAGUACCUCAGGCUCGUCCGAAGCAGAUGGAGGGAGUGAUGACUCUCCUGCUGUGUACGAAGGAGAAAAAGCUGUCGUACAACCUGUAGACAAAGUCGGGCACCACGGUAAACCACGUCAAAUGCGUCGCCAGGUUCUUCCCAUGUCUGCAGGGACCGCAUCGCCUUCGGAUCACGACACUGCAGCUAUGGUGCCACGUCGUCCACACGCACUCGCACGAUCACCGGCGAGCUUGCCUCGAAAAGUGUCUUUGCCGCCCACUCUGGAGGACGAUAAUGCUGAUAUUCCUCCGCUGAGCCUUGUGGGGAUGGAUGGAGAUGAUGAGACUGCACGCAGGGAGCAUCAGCGGACACGGGACAGUCGGUGCGGCAACCAAUUCGGUUCCGCACAAACAGGAUAUCAUGCCUCAGAAGACAGCGCAGCCACUUCCGGUGCCUUUUCCAUGUUGCCUUCUUACGACAACUCCGCGAUCUUGAAGAGGUCCUUGCCCAGCACCGUAUCAAUGGCUAGCACUGGGAUUCCAAAAACGGGCUCGGUUCAGAGUAUAUCGUCGCUCUCUGAUGUUGAUCAUCAUCAUUCGUUGCUAGACCACCGACCUGAUCAUUCAUCGUGGCACGUGAUUCAAACGCUAGUAAACGACACGACGGCACUACAUCACUUUGACGACGCAGACGAGUUUUUCUUCCCGUCGGCGACUCCCGGAGCUUUUGUGCAGGACCAGCUGCAGCAACUUGCGGAAUGGGAAGUGCCGAAGCUGACGAGGCUGAGCGGAAAGGCCGCAGCCCUGGCGCCGUUCGCGGAGCACUGGCGGGAAGAAAUCGAGCGCAAAAUACUUGCAAAAUACAACACUGAGCAGCCAAAAGCGACGAACACCAAGACGCGAGACUCGCACGACAUGCGAGUUCCGCUGCUGCUUCUUCGUGGGCGCGUGGCGGCGAUGUUUCAGCGGCUGAGCGACAUCGGGUAUGCGAUACAAAAGCAGCCGCCAAACCUGCUCACGCGGUUGGUUCUAAACCUGCAGUUCAUGCACCUGGAGGCGCCGAUGGUGCUCAGGAUGCUUCACGAAUUCGCUGCUCUUCAUCAUGCCGAGAGAGAAAGGCAUGCGGCUGCGCAGAUUCCUUGA